CCUAGGUGUUGAGGUGGGGGUGGUGGCUGUGACGGGGUGGAUCUUAAGAGCUAUAAAGCCUUUCUCUGCCUGUUUGGACCUGGUGAGGACAGCCUGCAAGAGUCCGCGUACCAGGUCUCCUGACACCAUGGGCGCCCGAUACUUCUUGGCUCUGUUUCUCAUCCUCCUCGUGUUGGGAUUCGAGGUCCAGGGCACCCAUGUGCUCCAGGAAGAAGAGACUGCCAGCCCUGGCCUGUUCACCAAGGUGCAGGAAUCACUCUUAGGUUAUUGGGAUGUAGCUAAGGCAGCUGCCCAGAAGCUGUACCAGAAGACAUACUUGCCCACCAUGGAUGAGAAAAUCAGGGACAUAUACAGCAAAAGCACGGCAGCUAUGACCACCUAUGCAGGGAUUUUUACUGACCAGGUCAUUUCUCUGCUGAAGGGAGAACAUUAACAGCUGGGCCCCCAAUCUCGGGGGGAGUCCAGACCCCAGCAACCCCUUGGUCCCCUGAUCUAUACCCACCCCCACUUCCUAGCAACUCUUAGCAUUCUGCUCCCAG